ACUCAAAUACCAUGUUUUAAACAAUCAACAACGCUCUUUUAAGAGCCACGAGGCUUCGGGUAUAUAGUUCUAUAACCACUCUUUAUAAUACUAGAUGUGAUAAGAAAAAUGAUUGAAAAGGUGUCCCAUCUUACCCCACCCAACUACAACAAAUUUCUGUAAAAUAAAAUUCUUGAUAGACAGGUUGGUUACCCAAGUAUAGAUACGCACAUUUUUAAAAGGCAUCCUCGUAUAUAUUGCCAGUAGCAGUACGUGUUUGAUAUUCCUUGGAGAUUUCGACGUGUAUGUCAUAGCUGACAGAUCUGGAAAUACCAUGUUGGUUUGCGACAUUGAUAAAUUUGCGCAUUUCAGGCUUAGGGCAUUAGAGCGCAUUACGUUGGUUAGGAAACACGACACUUCGAUUAAUAAUUAGCGCGGCGCAUAUUUCACGACGCGUUCUGCUAUCGAUUUUAAGCUGUCACUGAAAAUUGUUCGGAAUACAGGAUAUACCCUCUGCCACAAAGAUGGCGGCCGGCGGACUUUCGAAAUUUGUUUCUAACAUCUUGAGGAAGAAGGACCUGACAACAGACAUGAUGCGAAAGGAUCUCACGAAAUGCCUCGGUUUCAGCGAUAUUACGUUUUUAUCGAUCGGUUCAAUGGUUGGGGCGGGAUUGUAUGUUUUAACAGGAACAGUGGCUCUCAAGUUUGCCGGCGGUUCGAUCGUACUGAGUUAUUUGUUCGCAGCCAUCGCAUCAGCGCUUUCGGCAUUUUGCUACGCAGAAUUCGCUGCUCGCAUUCCAGUCACAGGAUCAGCAUACCAAUUUACCUACAUUAGCGUCGGCGAGUUUUGGGCUUUCGUAAUUGGUUGGAAUGUCGCAUUAGAACAUGCGGUAUCGGUUUCUGCGGUUGCCAAGUCCUGGAGCGGGUAUUUCGACUCCCUGUUGGGCCAUAAGAUGCGAGACUAUCUUUUAAUUCACGCGCCGAUGCCAGGCGGUAUCGUGGCUAAAUAUCCUGAUUUCUUUGCUGCUGGCAUCGUCCUUAUUGUGACUAUCAUCGUAGCAACUGGCGUCAAAUUCACAUCAAGGCUCACUUCCACUUUCGCAGCACUAAACCUUGUCAUAGUGGUGUUUAUAUUUUGUACGGGACUUUACUUGUCUAAAUGGGCGAACUGGACUACAGUACGCGGUGGCUUUUUCCCACAUGGAUUUUCUGGUACAAUAAGUGGAGCUGCUACGCUCAUAUUUUCGUAUACUGGUUAUGAGGUUGUGGCAUCAGUUACUGAGGAAACGAUCAAUCCUAACAGAGACGUACCAUUGGCACUCCUCAUUUCCAUUUCGGUAGCAGCGGUUGCAUAUAUUAGCGCUUCAGCAUCUCUAACAUUGAUGGUUCCAUGGUAUGACAUCUCCAUAACCGCACCAUUUCCCACUGCGUACGCUCAGCGAGGAUGGGUAUGGGCGAAGUACGUCGUCUCUCUCGGCGCACUGGCAGCCAUGUCGACUACCGUCAUUGCUGCCAUGAUAGUGGUUCCGCGGUAUUUCUACGCCAUGUCCAAUGAUGGAUUAAUUAUGCCUUGGUUCAAGAGAGUCAACGAAAAAACAGGAACGCCUGUCAUAUCUACCGUCGUCACUGGAAUAUUCUGUAUGAUCAUGACGUUGGUGUUCAGUCUUCACUCUCUGGUUGAAUUUAUUUCGAUUGGACAGUUGUUGGCUUGUACAUUCGUGGCGUUCUGCGUUAUAAAGUUGCGCUACGAACCAAACCAAAUAGCAAAGUUGGCCGCCGAAAUGGCAGCUCACAGCGAUGCUACCGAACUUUCAGCCAGGGAAAAUGAAACAACGUUAAAAUCCAAGAAAAAUGGGAAAGACAAUGACGCGAAAACGAAGCUGCUUCUUCGUGAUUCUUACACCGCCGAAACAGUGCUUGAUAAAAGCAUGGACGCAGAAAGUGCGAGUGAAAGCCAAGAAGAGCUGUUGUUAGAAGAUUACGAACAUCAUUGUGGCGUCAUCAAAGACUCUAUUAUGACCUCACCGUUUGGAAAGUAUUUUGCGUGGACGUUAAACUUUAAACCCGGAGUGCUUCCAUUUUAUUCACUGAUGCUCGCGACCUUCUUUGGAGCAAUUUCAGCAGCAAUGUUUCUGUUCGGAUUUAAAAAGUUAAAGGAGGCGUGGUUUGUCUGCCUGGUCGUCAUCUUCAUUCUUCUUUCUAAAUUCUUCCUCUUAUUCAUAUGCAUGUUCAAGCAAGACGAAACAAUUAAAACGUACAAGGUUCCGUUCGUUCCAUUUGUACCGUUCACUAGCAUCAUAAUUAAUAUUAUCUUGAUGUUUAAACUGCAGCAUCUAACGUGGAUACGUCUGGCCAUCUGGAUGUCAAUUGGACUGGUCAUCUAUUUUGGGUAUGGGUACAGACACAGCAAAAGCAGAAAACAAACCGAUUAACGCAAUGUGGUCCCAUCAACGAAACGGUACAACAUCUUUGGUUCUGCGGACAACCAAAUUUACCAUAGGUUUACCUAUUGAUCGUCAGUACAUAUUUAUAUCAUGCCCUGUUCGUCCAUCGGCUGUGAUCGUAAGGUGCAAUAUUGUAUUAUAUUUUGUUCUAACCCCAAAUGAAGUGGAUGCGGCGACACAAACAUUAUGGCUUUUAUUUAUUUAUUAAAUUGUAAUAGUACAGUAUAUAUAGUGGGGUGGGGCAAAAUGGGUCGCGAUUUUGUUAUCAUUUCUCGUCCCAUUUGGUAGUAAACAAUGAAUAUUUACAGAAAUGUGAAAAAGCGUUUCCUUGUGAUCCUAAAAGAGCACUGUUAAUUGUUAAAACUACUUUGGAAAAAUGGGAUAAGGGUGCUAAUAGUAUCCCAUCUUCCCCCACAGUACUAGUUUAAUAUUAUUUUCGAUUUAAAGACCUGGUUUAUACCCGAUUUAACUGGUCAAAAUGUGUUUUACUGCUGAUAAAAAUGUUCAUUUCGUCGUUAAAUCAAAUUGCGGAUUAUCUUUGUCUUAAAAUCGUCUUGCAUGCAAACCAAAUAAUUCUUCUGUAUUUGUUUAUUACAUUUACAUGCUUACUUUUAAAAAUAGCGGCUUUAUAUUUGUUUUAAUCC